CCGGCGUUGAGGGUAUAUUCCGUCUGGCGUGCGAGCAUGUCCUGCGCAGCGUGCGGCGCGGCCGCGAGACACUGUUGACUUUACUUGAGGCUUUCGUGUACGACCCGCUGGUGGAGUGGGGCGGCGGGCGACGCCGUGGGGCACGCCAUGUUCGCGCCGCGCGCGCCAUGCUCGCCGUCAGGGUGCGAGAGAUGGACCACUCUAUCGAUGAUGUCACAGAACAGCUUAUGUCAAUACUCCCCGAGGUGCAAGAAGCCGCCGAGAAAUGGGCCGCAGAAAACGAGGAGUUGCAGUCGAUAGAAGCAAAGCUGCAAGAAUGCCACCAACAGAUGGCGUUGAUCAAAGAAAUUGAAGCUUACGGUUCCAACCUGAGCAGCCACCCGCUGUACGCGAUAUCGCAAAAGUAUUCAUCCUACAAGCAAGCCAAGAAUGCAGUCGAGGAUUCGAUGAAGGCGCUCGUAAAGAUACUGAACGAUUUCGACACUCAGAUAGAAAAUUUCGCUACAACUAAUGAAGUACUGAAUGGACCCCAGCUGAUGACGUGGGUUCAAGAGUUUUCAGGUACCAAUGAGGAGGACGAGAGCUCAAUUUUUGAGCACAUAAAAGAAUUUAUGACGAACGCCGGUCAGAGCUCGAUGAUAUCCCAGUGCGAGCAGGCGGAGACGGAGCUGAAGCAGAGCAUGCAGCAGAUGAGCGCGCUGGUGCGCAGCUGCCUCGAGCUGCUGGGAGGAAAGGCAUUAGGGCUUCAACACGGCACGGCCGCCCCGCGGCGCGUGUAG